AUGGCGAGGCCGCCUCUUGACACGGGGAGGGAGCGCGAGGUGUCGUCCGUCUGUGCACUGUUGUACCCACUGGUGUACCCAUUUGUGUGCCGAUUGGUGUGCCAAUUUACCCUCCUCCAUCUCGUUUCACCCCCCUUUGCCUUCCCCGAAGGGAACCUAUUUUUAGGGCUGAGGAAACGAAGAAGAAGCAGCAGGACGCACACCUCCAGUUGCAGUGAAUCAGUCGACAGCUCCCAUGCAGACUCGGAAGAUGAAGACAACAACUAUUACGGCACCAGUCUCUACGACUCCGAUUUUGACAUAGAAGAUAGCGAAACUGAAAAUAACUCAACGACCAAAUCUAAUUUAAGCUCCCCCUCAACGGAAGAACCCCCAGAUAGUCCCUACAAGACGGGGUUCCUGUUACAAGCUACUCUCCCACCAUUAGAGGAGGGGCAAUUUCAUAGAGCAGAUGAACAGGACAGUGAUGAAAACUUGUCAGGUCAAGGCCCAACGGAAGAUAACACAGACGCCGCUUUACUAAGAGGGAGCAUACAGACCAACCCAUUUGUUACUCCCCCCUCGUCGCCCCCCAAAGAUGAACCACCUGUAUUUCUCAGGCGGAAAGAUAACACUAGAAGGAGCCAACUGAAAACAGACACUCUUAAAAGAUGGUCUUUACAAUUCUUAAGAGGCGUUUCUCCUUUUAGACACAGCAUGCAUGGAACGAGUAACAGUCAUGGUAACCAUCAUAAUGGUUGUGGCGGACCAAGUGCAGAUGCUAACGUAGGGGAGGGAACUUCCCAUGAAGAGGCUUCCCCAAAAAAAGAGCCAAAAAUGGAGGACUGGGAGAAGUAUAAAGCAGGGGGGAUAUUUGAUAUGACCGAAGAAGAUAUAAAAGCGUUUGUCACUCUUCCUCGAAAGGCGAAGAGUUUAGAGACCAUGCUUGAGGCGGGGAUGAGUUUAGAGGACGAAAAUGGAGAAGCAAACAGAGGAGAAGAAGAAGGAGGAGAAGCGGACGGAGAAGACGAAGCGGAGGAUGAAAAUGACAACUCGGUAAAAGGAAUAUACCUAUCAUGCCUUGAAGAUUUAACAAGUGAUACGCAAACGAGUGUAGUUGGGGGGAGAAAGAACGAGGGAAAAGCUGUUGAGGAGGCGAGCGAUUACGUACGUAUCUACAGUGGAGAUCAUGCCAGUGAGAAGAAACCUGAACUGACGCGGCUAAAGGAACUUCUUGCAAAGUAUGAACAGAAGAAGGAGGAAAUAAAACAAAAGAGGUUACGUCGCAAGCGUUCUGCGUGCCGAUUCAAUAAUGAUUGCGAAUCGCAUGCCGACAUUUCCAACGAAGAGAACUACACGAAUAUGAAAGACACGACGAUGGAAGUAAAUAACCUAUUAGAUAAUGUUAGUUUAGUUUCACUGCCCAUUGAAUUCAUCGACCAGUGA